GUCACGGCACUGCAUGCGCUGGCCGCUCACCCAGCCUCCUGGGGACUCAUCCAGCCCUGCCCCAAGCGAAGUCCAGUCCGGCAUCCAGCAGUGGCGAGCAGUGCUCCAGCCCCGCUGCCGGCAGCUGAGCAGCCCUGGCCAUGGCAGGACGCAGGGCACUGAUCGUGCUGGCGCACCCCGAGAAGACGUCCUUCAACCACGCCAUGGCAGAGGCAGCCGCCAGCACCCUGCGGGACGAGGGCUGGGAUGUCACCAUCUCCGACCUCUACGCCCUGGGGUUCAAUCCUGUGCUCUCGCGUCGCGACAUCACCGGGCCGCCCAAGAACCCCGAGCACUUCAUCUACGAGACGGAGAUGGGACUGGCGUGGAAGGAGGGACGCCUCAGCAGCGACAUCGUCGCCGAGCAGAAGAAGAUCGAGGCAGCUGAUCUGAUCAUCUUCCAGUUCCCUUUGCAGUGGUUAGGGAUGCCAGCCAUCCUCAAGGGCUGGUUCGACCGCGUCAUCAUCCAAGGCUUCGCCUACUCCAUGGCCACCAUCUACGAGCAGGGGUGCUUCCAGAAGAAGAAGGCCAUGCUGUCGUUCACCACCAGCGGGAUGGAGUCCAUGUACACCCCCAGGGGCAUCAAUGGCGACAUGAACGUAUUCCUCUGGCCCAUGCAGCGGGGCAUGCUGCAGUUCUGCGGCUUCCAGGUGCUGGCACCUCAGAUCUGCUACAGCGUGCGGUACGUGGCCCCCGAGGCACGGGCGCAGAUGCUGAGCGCCUGGCGGAGGCGCCUGGCUGCCAUCUGGGAGGAGAAGCCCCUCGGCUUCAUCCCCAACAGCUGCUUCGAGCUGAGCGUGGCGGGCGGCUUCGUGCUGAAGCAGGAGGUGCUGGCGCAGCAGGAGGAGCAGCGGCAGGGGCUGACGGUGGGGCAGCACCUGGGCAAGGCCUUUCCCCCCGACGAGCAGCUCAAGGCCCCACAGUAGGCGCCAGAGGCCUCAGGGCACUGCUGGGCCCAUCGCUGCCGCGU